CAUCAUGCGGCAGCAGCUCCUCGGUCAAACAGCAGUGUGGGGAGAAACUCCCGUGUAUUUCCUCUGACCCUCCUCUCCUUGGCUUCACUGAGCUCCGCGGAGCUGCAGCUCGCAGUGUUCGGACGCUGUCUCCGCUUCUUCUCUGCACCGCCGACCUGUCAACUUUACAUUUUUAAAAAUCCUCUCCUGCGGGUCUCCUGCACGUCGCUGGGAGCUACUCACCCGACACUGGUUCCUCCUUUGGUGAGGGGGAGAAGCGAGAUGAUAGAUGGCUAACCUCACAGCUCUCUGAUUGGCUCGCUGAGCUUUGCUGGUCCCAGCUGUUGUCAUGGCCAAAAGCCCGGAGGUGAAGCUGGCUGUUUUCGGCAGAGCGGGCGUGGGCAAGUCAGCUUUGGUGGUGAGACUCCUGACCAGACGCUUCAUCUGGGAGUACGACCCAACACUUGAAUCAACAUAUCGCCAUCAAGCCAACAUCGACGACGAGGUCGUCACCAUGGAGAUUCUGGACACGGCAGGCCAGGAGGAUCUCCAACAGAAGGAGGGACACAUGCGUUGGGGCGACGGAUUUGUCAUCGUUUACGACAUCACAGACCGGGGCAGCUUCGAGGAGGUGACGCCGCUCCGAAAUCUCCUAGAGGAGGUGAAGAAGCCGAAGAACGUCCCCCUCGUCCUGGUAGGCAACAAGUCCGACUUGGACCAUGUGAGGCAGGUGGGCACAGAGGAGGGAGAGCGGCUGGCUGCAGAAAUGGCGUGCGCCUUCUACGAGUGUUCCGCCUGUGCUGACGAGGGCGGAGCCGUCGCUGAGGCUUUCCACGAGCUCUGCCGCGAGGUGAGGCGCCGCAAAGUGGUGCAGGGCAGCAGACGCCGCAGCUCGACCACGCACGUCAAGCAGGCCCUGAACAAGAUGCUGACCAAGAUCAGCAGCUAGGGAAGAGCCACGACUAGAAGUGACACAAAGUGUCCACCGUGUAAAUGUUUCCAACAAUUAUUGGCUCCCUAAUGGACAGUAAUCAACUGAGAUGGAACACGGUCUGUUAGCUAUUUUAAUUUUCUGGUUUAAAAAAAGUGCAAUAUCUCCUGGAAAAUGGCAAACAACCUUCAAGCCUUAGUUUAGAUCAUGCUAAUCCUGAUUAUUGGCGGUAAUACAGGCGGUUCAUGUUGAAUCGGUAAUAGCGCCUUGAGGCAGCACUGUAGUGAUUUGGCGCUAUUCAGAUAAAAUAAAUUUGAAUUGAAUCGAGGUUGACAGCUUCACUGUUUCAUCCUGUCAUCAAACAGUUAAAAUUAAUCAAUAAGCUAUCUGGAAGUUAUCCAUGAAUGCACAUGAACCACAGGCAAAUCUCUUUUCGUGGUCAGUACUUGCCAAGUUGCUAAAAGGGACCAACGUUUUCUGGGAAGCAUCGGAUUUCCAUGUGUGGAGCAUGAACAUGAUACAGGACAUUUACUUCACUGUGAAUACUGAGCCGCUGUAUUAAAGAACAGCAGCUAGUGUUAGCACAUGCUUUCAAGUAUUAGCGAUUAGCAUUAUCAUAUACGGACAUGUUAACUGAGCUAACCACAGUUGACACUAACCACAGUUGACCCAAGAUUAGGUUCAUGAGUGACAUCAUGUGGACACCUCCGUUGACGCUAACUGCAAUUGAUGCUAAAGAUUAGCGUCACAGAUGGCACAUGCUAACCACAGUUGAUAAUAACAGUUAUGGGUUGACAGUAAACUGUUACUGGCUGACGCUAACUGUAACUGACGCUAAAGGCUAGGGAUAUGGUCUGUUAUACUUACGCGUACAUGCUAGCUGUGGUUGACGUUAAGGGUUAUUGGUUACCGUAAUCACAACUGAUGCAAAUUGAGAGUUGUGGUGGUUAAGUAACACCAAGCACAGUUGAUGCUGUUAGUGGUUGAUACUAAUCUAUGAUUGGUGCUGAUGUUUGAGGGAUGUGAUUAGCAUCAGCUGGUGUUACCUUAACUACGUAACCCUAAACAUUACUGCGCGGCCGUAUAUGUUAACACUAUCCACAUUACUGUUUUCUUAAAUACACCGCGCCACUAUUCAAACAUUACCACCAGAACAGUGUUUGGGUUUGAUAGCUGUACGUACCACAUCUGAAAAUCCCGUAACGUCCAAGAACUUUUAUCUCUGUACAACCACUAUAUUAAAAAAAAAAAAAAAAUUUAAUGUUUGGUUGCGGACUGCAGCAUCUCCUUUGUGUUCCUUUACAGAACCAAAGCACACUAAAAUCCAACACGGGGCCUAGAAUGGUACAAUGCCGCUUUCCAGGGAUGUUCUUCAUAACCAUAUUUUAUCUGUAAACUACAGUAUGUACCUUAUCGUUUAUUGCCUUAAGCACUGCUGAAUCUUAGAUGUGUACAGACCCAAAGGUAUCUCCAGAUAGCGUGAGUCCGUAAUAGUUGAAUUGUGAUGCUUUUUCCUCACGUAUGUGAUCAAAGCAACAGCUGUGCACUUGUAAUUAAAAUUAAAAGAUGUAUAUCCCA